CUGCUUUUUCAACUACAGAGAGGUGAUAUCAGGUGGUAUGCGCUCGUGACAACUGCUAAGAACGAUAUAAGAGACGUUAAAAGUCAGAGACAAAAUCACCGCGCACAAAGAAUAACCAUACGCUAAUUAAAGUACUUUCAAAAAGAAUAAGUUGUGUAAAACAGUUUACCGUAAAAUAUGACGUGGACAUGGACGGAGUGGACAUGCUUCGGUUGAAACAGGUGCAUUGACUAGCCUCAAACACACCAGCUGCGCUGAAAAAUUGAUUCAUCCUUUUGACGUGUGUGUUCUGUAUGAAGAUAGUCUGUGAGACAGCGAGUUCACUUGGCUGGCAGCCAUGAAGAGGAACAAGCAGAUCGACAUUAAGGGUGCUCUAGUCCUCUCCAGCAUCUUCCACUUCCUGUAUUCUUGUGCCAGAGCCUGCAUCCUCCCCUUCCUCACCCUGUACCUCAGAUACCUGGGCCUCACUCCCUCCAUGACGGGCCUUCUCAUGAGCACCAAACAUCUCAUCUCCCUGGUCUGGAGCCCUCUGGCCAGCUUUCUGUCCAAACACUACAACAAGAGGAGGGCAGUGAUUACAGGGUCUCUGGUCUGUUCAGCAGGGGCAGCCCUCAUCGUCCUGCUCAUCCCAUCCACAGGCGUCGAGACGCUGACCAGUCACUGCAACAUCUCUCACCUCAGUGUGAGUCCCACUGAAGAGCUGAGUGACUAUGUGCAUGUUGUUGGCAGUGAAAUGCCUACCACCCACACUACCAUUGUGUCCCAGUCAGCAGCACAUGAAUCUUCACCUACAGAGACAACCAGUGACACUAUGUCUUCCGCUGUUUCAAUGAGCAAAGCCACAACCUACACUCUCCAGCUGCAACAUUCCAACAAUGUGACUACUCUCCAGCUGCAACAUUCCAACAAUGUGACUACUCUCCAGCUGCAACAUUCCAACAAUGUGACUACUCAAUGGUCACAAGUGAAUGUAUCUGUGGCCAACCACAGUAUAGGAGGGGAGAGAAAUGGCUUAGAGUCCCACCAUGGUGCCUCCAACACUUCACCCACAGUGAGGAGGGUUAGCAGGUCAGCAGAAAAGGAGAAGCAGAGGGAGAAGGAUGAGGCCCGCUUAGAGUUCCUGGGAAACCUCAAAGUUAUGGACGUCCAGCACCAGCUCUUCUUCAUGCUCCUCAUCGUGGUGUCGAUAUGGGAGCUGAUGGCCGCCCCUCUGGAAUGGACCGUGGACGAUGGGCUGUAUGAGUAUUUGGAUUUUGUGGAUGCCUCUGAUCGCUAUGGUAGCACAGGAGUGUGGGGGCUGCUUGGGGCAGUGUGUGGGGUGAGUGGUGCAGGACUGCUGGUGAGCCACCUGGACUGCCUCAUUGGCUCACACACACCCAGGAGCGCUGUCCACUUCUACUCCUAUGCAGCUGUGACAACCCUGGCCGUGCCUGUGGUGGCCUUCCUGCCCCUCUACCUAAACAAGAAGCGUAGUCGCUCCACUGGGCUCUUCAAAGCUUUACAGCUGGUGCGAGGGGACCUCCGUGCCCUGCUGUGUGCUGCCACUACCUUCCUAAUGGGGCUGGCGGGGUCUGCGGUGGAUGACUUCCUGCUGUGGCAGAUGCAGGACCAUGGGAGCAGCGAGCUGCACAUGGGACUCUCUUUAGCCGUAGCGUUGCUCUCCCGGGCCGCCUUCCCUCUGCUGAGUGGCCGGGUGUCGAAGCUCCUGAGCCCAGGCAGGGUGCUGCUGGUGGGGACGGCCUGCCUGGCCCUGCAGUGCCUCUACUACUCCUUCCUGUGGGGCCCCUGGGCUGCAAUACCUGUCCAGGUGCUGAGCUGCUUCAGCAGUGGCGCCCUCUGGUGGGCAGUGCAGGUGCAGUGCGAGGACGUGGCCACGCCGGGCACGGAGAGGAGCGUGAGGAGGGUCUACCAGGCCCUCUCUCUGGACCUGGGGGCAGGGCUGGGCAGCAUGGCCGGGGGGUUUGUUGUCCACAGGUUUGGGGUAUCUGUGCUAUUCAGAGGUGUGGCGGUGAUUCUGCUCCUGUGGUGCCUGUUUCUGCCCCUGCUCCAGUGGAAAGCCCCACGCCAACGCAGGAUCAACUACUCCCGCCUCCUCGCUGCUGACACCAGUGAAGUGAGCGAAUCAGAGUCGGAGCAGGAGAGAGACUGGCUGGAGAAAGCCAUGGAGGAUGAUGAGCAAUGAUAACAUGGGCAGGAGGAUAAAUCAUUAGACCUAAGGAACAAUAUGCAACAUAAUGGAAGGAUGACAGUAUCAAUUCUGCUCCUGGAGGAUUCCACCACCACUUACAGACAUGUCACUCUUCAUUUAGUCUGCCUUCUUGCUGCUCCACAAACUGCUAAGUGAAUCUGUCCCUGGCUGGUUUCAUUGAAAAACAAGUAUUGCUUUUUAAUUCUCCAUUACUGCAGCUUUAUUCAUUUAGUGCUAAUGCUCUAGCAUUCCCCACCUGCCCAGAAGGCGUUUAGCAUUCUUCAGUUAAACUAAACACAUGGACUGCAAGCCUCCCUAUUGCACUGGAGGUUGAUCUACUGUGAAUGCAGAAUGAGGAUAAACUGUCAUUUGCAUAAGUUAUCAAGAAACUCUGGAUAGCAAAUAACGGAGAAUUAGGUGUUGGCAGGUGACUGUGCGAGUCCUUAUGAGUGUUACUACAGUCCACGUUAGGCAGCUUUACUGUCUGUAACAUAAGGCCACUUGAGUGCAGGUGUGGUAUUUGAGUGAGACAACUCUGGACUAACAGACUCAUCCUGUAUGUGUGGUUUAGCCUGCUCUCCCAUGACGGAUACUUACUCUCUUGAGUCCACUGUGAAAAUGUUAUGUAUUGUUCAACUGUAGUAGAAAUCACCCCUUGGGUCAAUUUCCUAACUAAACAUUAAGUGCCUCUUGUGUGGGGGAAGUAUUAGAAGCUAUCUGUUGUUGGUUGCUGAACUUGUAGGUUAGAUGGUGUUUGCUAAUCUUGUAUUUCAAAGGAUGUUUGCCAAACUUGCCACAGGUGACAUGGCCCAUUUUGACCUGACUGUUCCUUCAGCAUAUCAGCCAGAGACACUAAUAUAGUUUAGCACCUCUCCCUGAAACCUCUCCCUAAUUUACAAUGCUUGGAGUGGAUAUAACAAUACAUUACAUAGUGGUUGAUAUACAUGUCCAAUGCCUAGUAGUAUAUCAAUAAAAAGAUUAGUAUUAUUGUGCCUUGAAGACAUUCUCAAAUAUUGAUGACUGGCAUUACAAUACAUUUUGUUUAUCUAA